CUUCAAGAUCCAUCAACCGAGCGAUCUUUUCACACAUUUGGUAUCUAAGGGCGGAGUAAAGGUGCUCAAUUGCGCAUCUUUCUACAUAGGUCGGACCCUCGCUGAUUCUUCUACAAAUCGUCUGCGAGGAACUGUUCUUCGAGAUGAUGUUGACAUGGACUCGCCUUUCCCUCCGUCUUCCCUGUCCCCUGGUGAUGGCCACAUCGUCGUCAGCCUUCUCCCCGCUGGGGGGAGUGGCCUGGAAAAAAUGACCUACCAAUAUCCCCUGAAGCUCAUUGCUCCAUCUCCAUCAGUCGACCAGGAUAGCAUCCUUGUGUUUCUCUUAUCCUACGGGGGCGGACUCGUCGCCGGGGAUACAGUCAACUUGUCAAUCCACGUGCGACCCAAAUCGAAACUCAGCAUUGCCACGCAGGGGCAUACCAAGAUCUUCAAAACUCCUUCCACAGAGGUCAUCACGAGACAGAACAUCCAUGCUAAAAUCGACAACGAUGCCGGUCUUUGCCUCCUCCCGGACCCAGUUCAGCCAUUUGAGGACAGUGUCUAUGCUCAAAUACAAAUCUUUCGACUUGAUAAUCGGGCGUCGCUAUGUCUGCUAGAUUGGGUCACACACGGUCGAUCCGCUCGUGGUGAAAACUGGAGCUUGACCAAGUGGACUGGUCGCAACGAAGUAUGGCUUUGCGACCCCAAGGGUUCAACUCAAGAACGGUUAUUGGUCAGGGACUCGGUCAUUCUGUCUAAAGACGGGAGCCAAGCCGUCGGUCGAACACUCCAAGACAUGAUGCAAAAGAUGGCCGUUUCCGGGACUCUUAUCUUGCGAGGUGACAUGAUGAAGUCCCUUGGGGAGUUCUUCCUUGCCGAGUUUGACGCCCUACCUCGCAUUGGAGCUCAGGACUUCCGGUCACCGGAGGCGAAAGCGAAAGCGAAUUCGGGGGUCUCAGACUUGCAAUACUGGCGUUCUAAACGCCUCGAGAUGGAAAAACAAGGCGGUAUUCUUUGGUCCGCUGCGCGGGUAAGAGGAUGCGUGAUUGUUAAGUUUGGAGCAACAGCGGUGGAAGCUGGUAGGGAGUGGAUCGGGACAAUGAUCAUGAAGGAAGGGAGCAUAUCUACUCAGUUCGGCGACCAGUCUAUGAUGUGUAUCCGAUAAUGUCGGAAAUCUUUUGAUCAAUAUUUGUAUCACAGCAUCUGUUUGUCUAAACCAUGGAAUUUAGACGCUACGAAAGAUUGACAUUGACUUAGACGGUUCUUUGGCAAUUGGUAUAGCCUCGGGGCCAAUAUAACAAGAUUAGCAAGACUUAUCAAAGAGGAAAUAGGCAGCCACCAUUGCAAUCAUCCCAGUUCAUCCAUCUAACCUCC